AAAACAAUUGUUUGUUGCCGUGGUAACGCUGUGUGUUGACAAACUUCUGGUGACUGUUAUUAUUAUUAGAGGUGUUUUCAUUACCUAAAAAGUGAUGAAUAGCAGUAGUUUGCAAGCUCUAUUGUUGGACGUUUGAAAGAAGAAGCCAUGUUAGCUGAGGCUCGGGGUCCUGACCUCUUGGCUUCAGGAGCACCAUAUAAGCCCUCCAUCGUUGGGAAGGAUAUCAAAGAUCCAGGGAUUCACCAGAGGCAACGGGGUGGAAAGUACCAGCGACAAGCGUCCAGCCAGAGAAGCUGCAUCUUAGGGUUGGAAUUGAAGCCAGAGCUGGUCUGGGAGGACUGGGAUCUGCAAGGAGAGUACACCAAGACAUUAGUGCUAAAGAAUAUCCAUAGCAAACUGCAGAAGCUACACGUCAGGCCUCCAGUGUCCAAGUUUUUCACCACCUUCAUUCCCCAGAUAAUUCUUCUCAGCCCAGGGACUUAUUUCUCCAUGCCAGUCAGCUUUAAACCACUCCAGAGGUGUGAGUAUGAAGACAGCAUUGAGUUUCAAGGUAAAGAUGGCAGCUUCCAGGUAAACCUCCGUGCUACCAUUCCCUGCCAUGUCCUGGAGGUGCCUGACUCUGUGCUGCUGCCACUCUGUGCUAUUCAAAACUCCUCACAUACUACUUUCCUGCUCAAAAAUGUCAGUAUACUCCAGACAUGCUUCCAGUGGGAUUGCACAGCACCGUUCCAGCUAAGCCCUGAGCAAGGCCUGUUGAAGCCUGGCCAGGAGUGUCACAUCACUGUGAUCUUCCAACCAGAAGAGGCGCUGGUGUACCAGCAACAGGCCAACUGCAGGUUUGGAGGAGAAGGCGACAAGGCAGAGAGCUGCUGCACUGUGCUGCUGCAAGGACUAGCCAAAUACCCUUGUCUUCAGCUGAGAAAUCCAGGUACCAAGGAUGAAAAAGCACAGAGUGAUCCGGAGCUGCACUUUGGCUCAGUGGCAGUCGGACAAAGUUUGCAGAAACACUUUGACAUCUUCAACCCCUCCCCUGUAACUGCGUCUUUCUCUCUUUCACGACUGUCCGGUGGGGUCCCUUUGUUGGGGUCAGAGUUCAGCUGUGAUGUGACCAGGGGUGAGGUGGCGCCUGGUGGACCACUGCGGGUUAGAGUCACCUAUACUCCUGCUUUGGUGGAUAGUGUCUCUGUUGAGUACCUAUCUCUAAAAUGUAGAGGAGCACUCAAUGAAACUCUACUCAAACUCACUGGAAACUGUGUAGGUCCCACAGUGUCCUUGUCCUCCUCUGUGGUGGACUUUGGCUGUGUUGAGGAUGAAGGAGUGGUCGUACAGACAGUAGAGCUGGUUAAUUCUUCUCCCGUUGAGGCUUUCUACCAAUGGGACCUUGACAGUAGUGGGAACAGUGUGUUCAGCAUCCAGCCAGUGAGCGGCACUGUAUGUCCACAUGGCCAUACCACACUGAAGGCAGUCUAUAGGCCCACGCAGCCUAUUGCACAUCACAGGAGAGUGGCAUGUCUCAUACUGCACAGGGACCCCAUGUUCCUUGACCUGAUUGGUACCUGCUGCUCAGAGUUCCAGCAACCAGCCAUACUGAAACCUGAGCACUUGGUUCUUUACAAGCUCCACUGGUACCGCAGACAGGACCCGCCAGACACUCUCGGUGCUAUGCAGAAAGAUCAUAAUGGACACUUGGACCAACAGGGAGUGCUCUGCCCCGUGGAGGAGCAGUCACACCAGAGACCAGACAGUGCUGGUGUGUCGAGAACUCCCUUUGGGGAAUAUUACCAAUCCUGCUUGGGGUGCAUGGAUCCCCUCUCUUCCAGUUCUUUAUUGUCCCCACAUGUGUCUGUGGUGCCCAGUGAGCUACUCUUUAAUCACAAAAUAUCCUCCUCUUUGUCUAAUUCAACAACUUCCUCUCUGCCUGUCUCCAUCACCAACCACACCAAGGGGAAACUCAGCCUGGUGUGGACUGCUGCCCGAGACUCUCCGUUCACUGUCUCCCCCUCAUCAUGUGACCUGGCUCCACUGAAAUCCACCUCAUUCAGAGUGACCUAUGAACCCAAGCAGCUCAAUACUCUGCACGGAGCGCAACUUGAGUGCUUUGCAUACUAUAAGGACAAACACAUAGAGGAGCAACUGCUGUGCCCACCCUGGUGUGUGACUGUCAGAGUCAUAGGCCACUCCUUUCAGCCAGGAAAACAACAUUUCAUCCCAUGUUGCUCCCUGAAGCCUCCUCAAGUGGUGUUUCCAGCCCUUAGUGUUCUUUCCUAUCGGACAGUGCUCUUCCAGAAUUGUGGAGACCUACCGCUCACUUUCUGUCUGGACCACAGCUCAAACUCUGCCUUGGCAGAAUCUGUGUCUGUCCUGCCGAGCUGUGGUUUGAUCCAACCUGGGAAUCACCAAAUCCUCACCCUGAGAACAACUCCCACAGAAGAGAGUCCCAAACAGGGGUUCGGUUUACACCUUCAGCUCAAUGCAGCUAAACACACAAAGGAACUGACAGUUGUCAGUGUGGUGGAAAAGCUGUGUGUGUCUGUGGAAGGAGACGGCAGUUUCUAUUUCCAGCCAACAGCGGUGGGCUCACGGACGCAGCGCUCCCACCACAUCAGGAACCUCAGCCGCCUACCUCUACGAUUCCAAUGGAGCAUUCCAGAGCCAGACCAGGAGCUUAUCUUUGUUGAACCAGAUGCUGGUGAACUGCAUCCCAAUGAGAGCUCAGUCCAGAUAUGGUCCUUCAGCCCACUCGAAGAAAAAAGAUAUACACUCAAACCCACUCUCAGCUUCUGGCCGAUCCAGACUCCUGGAUGUAACAUGUCACACCUAACCCUUAAAGUGGUCGGGAUGGGCUCUAAAGGCUUCAUAGAGGCAGAGAAAGCAGUUGUGGAUGUGGGGGAGACUCUGGUUGGAAGCUAUCGGUCAAUUCAGCUCCCUCUCGUGAACAACAGCCCCUGUUCUGUCUCCUUUUCUCUCUCUGUACAGCAGAUACUUCUGGAUGAGGAACUUACUUAUGACCCCGAAACUGAGCCACAUGCUCUACAGCUGGACUGUGAGAGGGGAACCAUCGCCUCACACUCCACAAUGCUGCUCCAAUCCACUGUGAGACCACACAGACGAGCCCAGUACCUGUGGACUAUCAGCUACCAGAUGCUGAAUGCCAGUGGAUUUGUGUUAUCCCCUCCCCAAGCAGUAUGUGAAGUGCGAGGUAAGGGCGUGUUCCCCACCCUACAGGUGAUUGAUGUGUGCAGUGUGGGCGGACUCAGCAAGGUGCACGUAUGGAAACUCUUCUCGCUGGACAGCCUCAAUGAGCACCUUCUAUCCAACCCCAACCCUGCAGAACUCAUGAACAGAACCCCUACCAGGCACAGUCUGAGCAGAUCUCCUUCCAUCUUCACCAAAGCCAUGUCGGAUUUCAACUUCAGUGCCACUCCACUGAAUUCAGAGCCCUCAACUUUUGUGUUGAUGUUUCACAACCCGGGCUCCAUCCCUGUAGACUGGGUAUUCUUGUUUCCAGAGGAUCAACAGAUAGAGCUGGAGUACUGGGUCGAGACCGGAGAGUUUAGCAGCACUGAACUGUACCAGAUGAAGGUUCAAGACAACCAUGUGUUCAGCAUUUCUCCCCGUUCUGGAACUUUGCUCCCUGGCCAGCAGAAGGCAGUAAACUUUACCUACAGCCAUGACUUCGCUGGGACGAAUCGACUUCCUGUUGUAUUCAAACUUUCUUAUGGCAGAGAGAUCUUGCUGAACUUAAAGGGGAUGACGCUGGAGAGAGACAGACCCUAUCUCCAUUUUGCCUCCAAGCGACAUGUCUUCACCUCUGUAACUAUUGGGGACUGUACUCCGCCGAGGCAGGUGUAUCAACUACACAAUGGCGGUGCAGUGCCAGUUUGUUACGAGGUGGACACGGCUGUGUUGUCACAGCUACAGGAGGACAACUUUAGACACCCAGUGCUGUGCUGCCUCAAUCCAGAGGGAGAGGUCCUACCUGGGAAGACGGCCAUGCUGGAAUGGAUCUUCUCUCCACUGGAGGCUAAGAUGUACCACAUGGAUAUUCCUAUCCACAUCCAGGAUGGGGACUCCACGCUGGUGAGGUUUGAGGGAUGUGGGUUUUAUUCUCCUACACUGGGCUCCACAAACCCAUUCAAAGGCAGUGACACUGAGGCAUCUGAACCCUGCGUCCAGAGAGUGCCCUUCCCUGGACAAGUAGUUUUCCUGCCGGAGGAUAGUGUCUCUCUUGGCGACAUCCGUCUGUGCUCGCGAUCUUCAAGAACCGUCUUCCUGACCAAUGUGUCCCAUACAGACACUGUCCACUAUACAUGGGACCAGCAGAGCUUUCAGCAGGUGGUACAGAUCCAUCCAGAACAAGGUAGUGUGUGUCCAGGGGAAAGUGCCCUUUGUGUCCUUACCUUCACCUCUACUGACUACCCCGCCGUUUAUCAGCUAGAUGUAAUCUGUCAGAUUAUGCAGGAAGCCGCACUGCUUCGGUAUCAUGAUGCUUUGCAGCGUUGGGAGGAAGAGAAAGAGAGACAGCGAGAUGAAUUCACUAUCACGGAUAAAAAUCUUACAGAAAGCCAAGGAGUUCCGAUAGAUAAGGAACCUGUAGCAGCUCCAGUAAGAAAGGUGCCACCACUCAGGAAAUACAAGACUCUUCCUCCUAUCUGUGCCAGUGGUAUUUGUGAAACAGUUGGCAUGAUAUGUACCAAGAACACAAGAGCUGAGCGGCGGGCCCGGCAACAAACAGCAAAAGUGUGGAGGCGGCCUGAACCCCCCCAACCUGCUCUGCUGCAUCUGGGGGUUACAGCACACUCCCACGGGCUUCUGGAGUCUCUUCAACUCUUCCCCGACCAGUCCAAUGAGCACCAUAGAUGCCUCCAGUCAGUCAAGCCCCAUCAACCUGAAACCACUUCUUCAAGCACUUCCUUUCCUGCUGGGCUUCCCUCACCGACACACGGCCCUGACAGAGACAUCACAAUGCACGUACUCAACUCUCUGCUCAGCGGCGUACUAGAUGAUCCGGCCUUCACCCAGUCUCUGAAUACAUUGGCAUUUAAGCCCAUCGCCUACCAGCCACGAGAAACUAGACCCUCUCACUACUCUUCACGUCCAUCCUUCCUCUCUCCCCCUCCCUGUCCUACAUCUUCUCACCCUCCACCCCAACCUCAGGUUCUGUUGAGAGGAAAAGUGGCUGGACAGAAAGAACAGCACAACAGAGUGGACAGUGAGGGGACUGCGGGAUGUCCGAGAAACAGGCCUCAAACACAAAACACACCACACACAGAACGUGUGCCGGCUGACAUAAGUGAAGAUGUGUUGUUGAACACCCUCCAGAACCUGAUGAUGGAAGCUGUCAGAGGAGAGCUUGGGCUUACAGCGCACCCCCGCACUGUUAUCUUGCCACCUGUUUAUACCAGAACCAGGAGAGGGACGAUUUGAGGAACAGAAAGGAACCAGCAGGGACGUAAUUCUCACUAUCUACCCAACAUCCCAGAGAUCUAUCUCACACAACUAUUUUCAUUAAAAUCAAACUUAUUGUCCAUCA